AUGUAUUCUCUGGAGCUGGUAUUGUUUUUGUAUGCAAGAGGGUGGCAGCUGCUCACAGAUUGGAUGUUCCUCUUGGACCUGUUCGUCAUUGCCUGCGGGUACAUCGAAAUGUUUCUGCAAUAUUUCUAUCAGGGCUUAGCGCUCCAGACGAUUAGCAUAUCCAGAGCCUUGCGGCUUGUGCGAAUCCUGCGCUUGACCCGGCUGCUGCGUCGGACACGUGGCUUUCGAGAGCUGCAAAAACUUGUACGCAUGAUGGCAACAUGCCUGAAAGCAUUGUUUUGGUCCUUCGUAUUCUGCUUCAUGAUCAUGACUGUAUGGGCGCUCCUCAUAGUGGAAGUCAUCAACCCUCUCAUGGCAGACCUCGAUCUAGGGGAAUGCGACGGGUGCUUGCAAGCCACAAGUUCUGUCAUGCACGCGAACCUCUUGCUCUUCAAGACGGUGAUCGCGGGCGAUAGUUGGGGCGACAUUGCCGUUCCGGUCAUUUAUGCGCAUCCAUUCUCCGCCAUCAUUUUCAUGGGCUCCUUGCUGACACUCAUCUUCGGCGUUCUCAACUUGAUAGUGGCUGUGGUUGUGGACACCUUCGCCGAGGCAAGGCAACGGGACGUCCUUAAUCUGGCUGAGGAGAUGGAGUUCAACCUUGCAGCUGACCAGAAAUUCCUGGAGCGGAUUUUCCAGCGCAUUGAUGCUGACGGCAGUGGGCAAGUGACCUUCGAAGAACUUCUGGAGGGUGCAAGAAGAGAUCCCGAGUUCCAGAGUCGUUUGAGAGUUAUGGACAUCGAUGAGUCAGACCUCCAGCAGCUGUUUGAGAUGAUCGACGUGCAUGGCGAAGGAGAGAUAGAGGCAGCCGAGUUUAUCGCUCCGCUGACGCGGUGGGUGCAUGAGUCAAAAACAGCACCCCGAUUCAUCAAGUACAACGUGCUUCGCUCUCUGAACCAACAAGAAGAGCUGUAUAACCUGUCCAGAAGUGCGUUCGACGUCCUAGACGCGCAGAUCAAUGAGAUACGACUGGCUCUUCUCUCCAUUGCUCCUCCCUUCAAUUUGUCUGCCGAGUCACCUUCGGCAGUGUCUAGGAUGACAGGCAACCUGGACAAUGUGUCCACGGCAACAGAAGAGAUGGAAGGCGUGGGCCAGGAGCCAACCGUGGAGGUUCAGAUAGCAGCCGGUUGUGAUUCUGACAUAGAGCAGCCCCGGCCUUCGAAACCAACGUGGCUGCCAGCAGAUCCACUGAACGAUGUACAGGACAUCAAGACAACCAUGGUGAACCUGGAGCGGUAUGUGCUCAGCGCUACGGAAGCAGCGCUGAGAAAGUCCAUGGCUGUGGUGGAGAAAACAUUUCAGGACAAGUGGUCAGAUGGCCAGACAAGAUCUAGCUCCUCCGCUCACAAGCGAACCUCCGCCAGACUUCCGUCAAUGCCUGAAGACUUUCUCGGUCCUAGCCCAGCGCCCCACAAGCGAAGCUCCCGCCGAAUUCCGUCAAUGCAAGCCGUGCUGGCAGAAAACCUGUUUGCAAGAAACCGCCGAUCAAGCCAGAUUCAAAACAGUCAGCGGCGUACAAGCCAGACUCAGAAUACUCAGAGGGGUCACCCAGCUCAUGGCCAUGACAGAACUAGCAAGGGAUCCUUGAGCUUUGCGAAGACGCUGUCCACGGCAUCUUCGGCAAGGACCGGAGGCAAAGCCAAGCGCCGUGUGCCCGUAGGGUCCUUCAACCAGCCUGGUGCAGGGCUCCCAGCUGAAGCCAUGCCACAGCGGUGGAGGUGUACUGAUGGUACAGGCAGCCACGACUCAGAAGCGUGGCAAAGGAUUGAGCCUGGCACCGUGAGUAUGGAUCCCGCCGCUCUGCGAGGGCGGCAGAGCAUUCGUGAUCGGCCUGUGCACGCUCGAAGGUUGAGCGUCUCGUGA